CAAAACUCACAACAUGAAAUUAUUUUCCUUGACGAUUGCAGCAGCGCUCCUGAUUGUUGCUUCAGCAAUUCCAACGUUGCAUAAGCACAAAUUUUAUCACAAAGAAGUAGUGCUGCCUGGAUUACAUAUUCAGAAAACUUAUUCGAGAGGUCCUGGCUAUGGGAUUCACGGAAGUCAAGGAAGCUACGGAGGUGGCUCAGGCUUUGCCCAUGGAGGGGGUUAUGGCUAUAAUUAUGGGUACGGCGGCGCACAAAAUGGCGGCAGACAACAACAAACUGUGAUAAUUAAGGAUCAGUCAGGAUUUAAUGGACACCAUCAAGGUGGUUACAGUCAUGGAGCUGGUUUUAACUCUGGAAGUGGAUUUUCUCAAGGUCAUAGCCACGGAGGAGGAUUUUCUCAAGAAGGAAUUCAGUCUGGAGGAGGAUUUUCUCAUGGAGGUAAUAACCAUCAACAACAACAACAAACAGUUGUCAUUCAGAAAGAUCAUGGAACUCAAACAAUUGGAACUGGUCAAGGUCAAUUUCAAGGUCAUGGACACAGUUCUGGAGGUCAACAACAGCAACAACAAACGGUAGUUAUUCAAAAUGACAAUGCCCAUAAAAAUAACUUUGGAGGAAAAGGAGGCGGUCAUGGAUCAAGUAACGGACAAAAUUCGGGCUAUCAAAGCUCUUAUAACACUGGAUUUGCAACCGGAUAUGCUUCUGGUCAACAAUCUGGGUACAGUAAUCAUUAAAAUAAAGUAGUUUUAGCACUAAAUUCUACAUGUAAAUAAAAAGAUCUUUGGACGGAAUCGCAACUUACCUCGUUUAAAUCCUUUUAAUAAGAAGCCUAAUGACUAAAAAAAGAUGUUUUCAUAAAUUUUCUUGAGAAAUGAUUUAUUUAUGUUUAUAAAAGUAUGAAUUUUAUUAACUCUGUUUAGGCGAAUAAAUUAAAUAUAUCCAUUUUUUGUCGAACCCUCGAUUUUGUCGAAAA